AUGAACGGCAUGGACAGAUCGGACAUUCCCAGUGCUCGUUUCCCCGACCUGCUCUCAGUAAAGGCAGCCAUAGAGCGGGGGAAACAGCUCGCCAAGACAUAUCAAGUGGUCAUCGUUGAAUUGGACGACAUCGUGGUGAAGUACGGACGCCGCGUCUACAAAUCCGAAGCCCUUGCGAUGCAACUCGUGCACGGCGCAGCGGCCGACGUUCCCCUGCCGCAUUUCCAUGCUUACUUCACCCAAACGGCUGAAGAUCCAGACGGGGAAGGCCGCUGCGGAUAUCUCGUGAUGGAGAAAGUACCCGGAAUUCCUCUCAUCGAAGCCCUUCCUCGGCUCGACGAGCAGUCCUGCGACAACAUAGCGUCACAGCUCCAAACAUAUGUCUCUUCGCUGCGCUCUAUCGACAGCGCAGGCAAGUGGGGCAUAGUCGGCAGGAACGGCAUCUUCCACGGCGGGCUCUUCCGCUACCUCCAUCGACCGUUUACGGAGGACGUGCGGGCCUCCUCCAACCCAUGUGUGGCCACUUGCACCAGGGAUGUCUUCGAGUACUUCGCGAAGGCGUCCGAAUUUCCCAGCGGGGGGCGAGAGCGGAAUAUCACAGGGUCAGCAUCCGACAUCGACUUUUCGAGGCCCUCCAUGUUCUCCCAUGGCGACCUGGUCCCAGAGAAUAUCAUGGUUGACGAGGCGAGCGGAUCGAUCACGUCGAUCAUCGACUGGGAGCGGGCGGGGUGGUACCCGUACUUUUGGGACGAGAGCAUCGCGUCGAUGCGACUGAGUGCCUACCAGAGCGCUCGUACGACCUCUGAUCGCUGGACGCGCAUCUACAAACUGGCGUUGGGGAACGAUGCGGACCGGGGGGCCGUCAGGGCAUUCUGCUGGGCUCAUUUCUACGCCUUGAUUGGAGGUUCAGAAGAGUAUGGUUCGUCAGUUCGCUCCCCGUAA